GCACGCGUGGCGGGGUGCUGGCGGCCUCUGAAGCCGCGAUGCUGCAGGACUGCCCGAAGGCCCGCAGGGAAGUGGAGCUGCACUGGAGGGCAUCGCAGUGCGCGCACAUCGUCCGCAUCAUGGACGUCUACGAGAACCUCUACCAGGGGAGGAAGUGUCUGCUCAUCGUCAUGGAGUGCUUGGACGGCGGGGAGCUUUUCAGCCGAAUUCAAGACAGGGGAGACCAGGCCUUCACAGAAAGGGAGGCUUCAGAGAUAAUGAAGAGCAUUGGGGAAGCCAUCCAGUACCUGCACUCGAUCAACAUCGCGCACCGGGACGUGAAGCCGGAAAACCUCUUGUACACCUCCAAAAGACCCAAUGCUGUGCUAAAACUCACAGACUUUGGCUUUGCUAAAGAAACCACCACGCACAACUCCUUGGCCACUCCGUGCUACACACCGUACUACGUGG